AUGUUCAUGUGUUGUCGAAGUCAAAAGACAAUUAUUUGUCUUUUGAUUUUCAUUUGUUUGAAUACGUUCAGUCAAAGUGUUAGUGAAUCGGAGUUCUUCAUCUAUGAAGAUGGAGUUCAAUUACCAAAAGAGGAUGAUACACAUUCAGAGCAAAUUAUUCUCUCGCCAGAAAUACCGUUCAUAACGACGAAAUACGAGAGUAUUUACAUCAAUACCAACGGUUUUCUUUCGUUUCUAUUACCAAUUGCGUAUUUCUUUCCACAAAUUACAUUAACGAGUUACAGUGGAUAUGCGAUCAUUGCACCACUUUGGGCUGAUAUUGAUACUUCAAUAAAAGGUGGCUCAAUCACAUACAAAUAUACGAAAGAAGAACACUUACUUGAAAAGGCGAAGAAAUUAGUUCAAGAAGGUUUUCCACGUGCAACACAUUUCCAACCCAACUCAAUUCUGAUCUGCACCUGGAAAGAUGUACAUUCUCAUUUGAACAAGGAUGAUAAAAAAAAUACAUUUCAAGUCGCGAUUGUUAGCGAUGGUACACAAACAUAUUCCAUCUUUAUGUACGCCAAAUUGGAAUUCAUCUCCGCGUAUAGUCCAACCAAACUAGGCCGAGAAGAUCGAUAUGCUGAAGCUGGCUUUACCGAUGGUACUUCUCAGCAGACAAUUGUCUUACCAGGAUCAAGUGGAGAGACUGCUGCCAAUCUUGCCAGAGACUCGAAUAUUGGAAAACCUGGUGUUUGGGUCUAUUUGAUCGGUGAUCGACGUCGUUACGGAAGAUUCCGUAUCACACCAGCUGGAAGCGAAGAUGACGCAGAAGAAGUUCUUGUACCAGUACAAUCACCGUACUCAUCGAAUAUCUAUCAACAUCAGCCACAAAAUUUCUAUCAUGAAUACCUAUCAUCACCAUCUACCUCAACAAUUCCACCAGAUGCAGUAGAAUGUAAAACUUGUUCUCGUAAUGCUCGAUGUGAAAAUCAAGGAAAUGGAUAUUGUUGUCGUUGUCUCUUUCCUUAUCUUGGUUCUGGUCAGCGAUGUGAACGUGCGGAAAAUUACCCAGUCGUGGGCAAAAUCAAUGGCACUAUCAAUGGACAGAAGAUCGAUUCGGAAUUGCAAGGCUAUGUUUACAUCGAAGAUGGUCGUAUUCAUAAUUCACUUUACAAUAUGCCUUUAACUCAUUCAAAUCUUCAGCAGUUAAUUCCAUUGUUUAAUACGAUCAAUUGGCUAUUCGGCACCGUUCAUCGAUUUUCAGAUCCGAUCGAUAAUGGUUUUGCUUUGACAGGUGGUGUGGUGAAUCGUACAGCUACGGUUCGUAUUUUCGAAGUCGAUAAUACAACCGAGCAAGCCAUUUUAAACAUUGAACAAUAUUUCCGUGGAAUUGAAUCAGGUGUUCUACAAGUCGAUACGUAUAUUAAUGGAAGUCUACCACAUCCCGAAGGAAACUUAUCGGUUACGAUCGGCAACAAUAACAUAAAAUACAUCAAACGAUCAUUAGGUCAUUACGAUGCAAAAGCAUCUCCAACAUAUACGUUAGUGUCGAAAAUUGAUGCGAACACCAGUGUUGCGUACAACAUGAGUUAUGAAAUUGAGGAUAAUUUGAGUUUUUACGAAUGCCCACAUAAUCCACAUCGAUCCCCAAAAGAAAUUAUCGUAUCGAAUCAAGAUAAUCAUAUUUAUCAUUCAAUUGAAGACACGACCAUUCGAUUUUUUACUGUCACAAAAGUUGGCACACAAGCUCCAAAAUUUGACCCAUGUGAUUCUUCACCUUGCCAUGGCUACGCUCAAUGUAUACCGAACUUUGAACAGAAUACAUACGAAUGCAAAUGCAAUCCGGGUUUUCUCGGAGAUGGCGUACGACGUUGUGACGAUGUAAACGAAUGUAUUCAAUCACCAUGUCAUUCAAAUGCCAUAUGUACGAACACCUAUGGAAAUUUUAGUUGUGAAUGUAAACGAAACUAUAUUGGUAAUGGAUUUUUCUGUAAACCUAUCAAUGAUGAAAUUGAAACUUGUGCGACAAAGAUCUGUCCACAAUUUUCCACAUGCAUACAAGAUCCUCAUACAAGACAUGCUCGAUGUUUAUGCAAAGAAGGUUGGCAAAUGACUGACGAUCAUGAAAAUCAUGUUAACGGAAAUUAUAAAUCCAUUUGCAAACCAAAACAAUGCAACGAAUAUUACAAUUGCGAUACCAAUGCCAAUUGUUUAAUCAACGAAAAUACACAAAAAUAUGAAUGCACGUGCAAACCAGGCUUUUAUGGCGAUGGGUAUUCUUGUACAGCACAUUUCUGUUCAACAGAUGGCGAUUGUGGAUAUAAUGCACAUUGCCUACCGGAUGAACAACGACCUGGUUUCAGUAAAUGUGUCUGCGAUCCUGGAUAUCUCAACGACGGAACAACAUUUUCUACUUGUGUCAAAGAUGUGGUGUCAUGUAAUAUCGAGAAUAAGUGUCAUGUGAAUGCACAAUGUAUCUACAAUGAACGCAUCGACCGACAUGUAUGCCUCUGUCGAACUGGUUACAAAGGAGAUGGAAUAACAUGUCGUCACGAACAUUCGUGUUUGGAAAAUGCCACUAUUUGUUCACCUUCUGCUGCUUGUGUUUAUGAUGCAAUUCUUCAGGACAAUGUUUGCUCAUGUAAAGAUGGUUUUGUUGGUGAUGGAAUACAUUGCGCAGAAACGUUAGGCGGACCCAAAGAACAAUUUUUAAUUGUUAAUCAAGGACAAACAAUUCUCAAAGUGCCUCUGACAGCAUCAGGUUCAACUAAUAAUGGCGAACAGCGUAUUCUUUAUGUCCCAAGAAUGCGUGCUGUCGGUAUAUCUGUUGAUUGCCGUCAGCAAUUUGUUUAUUUUACCGAUACAUCUGGUAAGACGAUUCAACGAAUGAAAUACGAUGGCACGGAACAGAAAGUCAUUCUUAGCGGACUCGGUAGUCCUGAAGGUAUUGCUAUUGAUUGGGUAUCACGUCUAGUGUUUUGGACGGAUUCAGCAUUGAAACGUUUGGAAGUGGCGAAAUUAGACGGUAGUUUACGUAAAGUUCUUUUGGAUAAAAAUAUUCAGAAUCCUCGUGCUAUUGCGGUCAAUCCCGAACUUGGAUAUGUCUUCUGGACAGACUGGAAUCGACAAAAUCCGCGUAUUGAACGAGCUAACAUGGAUGGAAGCGAACGAAAAAUACUGGUUUCCGACAAACUUGGUUUACCUAAUGGUCUCUAUUACGAUCAUCAUCGUCGAGAAUUAUGCUGGGGUGAUGCAAAAAUGAAAACAAUUGAAUGUGUACGCGAUGAUGGAUCAAAUCGUCGUGUACUUUUAACUGAUCAAACAACAAUGAUCUUCGGAUUGAGUGAUGGACUUCAAUAUGCAUAUUGGACAGAUUGGUCAACAAAUAAAAUCGGUCGAAUUGAUAAAACACCUAGUCGUACACCUGAUAGUGUACUUCUACCAUCAGGUGGUAACGGUAAACUCUACGGUUUAGUUGCAGUCAAAGACUCAUGUCCUAGUGAUGUGAACAAUGUAUGUGGUGACAAUAAUGAUUGCACGACAGGUCAACUUUGUUUACCGAAUUUAAGUCUUCGUGCUAAACGUGUCUGUCACUGUGCUGAUAACGCCGGAUUGCAAUGUCUUAUUCGCGAACGACCACCUCCACCUCCGCCUCCACAGCUUGGCUAG